AUGGUCACGUUUCGGGGAGCAGGGCCUCAGACCUGGCUCGCCCGGGCCAUCUGCGCGGCGCCCGCGCCCGCUCGCUUCCGUCCCGCGGCGCCGGUCUCCGGCUCUCGGUCUGCCGCCUCCCGCCGCCCGCCGGCCGCGGGGCGCACAGCGAGUCAGAGCGCGGCCGCGCGGGGCUCCAUGCCUGCCGGCGCGCCGCCGCCGUUGGGGCGCAUGGCUCAGGCUGGGCGGCCCGCGGGGGCGCACAUCCUCCGGCCGGGGCGCGGGGCUCGCGGCCCCCUCCGCGGGCGGCACAGCGAAGGCGGCGGCGAGGCGGGGCGUGUUCCGGCGCUGUCGCCGCGCAGCAAAGGGCUGGGGAGCCGCGGCUUCGCCCUCCGGGGCGGCGAGGAGGGAGGCCGGCGGCGCUGCCGCUCACGGGUUUGGGGCGACGCGACGCGGGAGGACGCGGGUUUCCUCCGCGCUGCCGGGUCGGGGGGCUCUGCCAGAAGCUCCGCCGCCGAUCGGCGCCACUCAAGUUGCCCGGGGGCUCCGUCUGAGCGCUCGCUCUGCAGACGGCCGCGGCCCGGAGGCUGGCAGGAGGCGGGCACGGGAGGCGCGCGGGGCGAGGGCGCCGUGGAGCGCGGGGCGUGGGGACGCGCGGCGGCGGCGCCGCGCGGAGGAGGCGCGCGGGGAUCCCGGGGCCCCGCCGCCCGCGCCCACCGCGCCCGCCGCAGAGCCUCCCGCGCUCUCAGCCGCCUCCCUCCUCGCGUCUGCCUUUCCGCGCGCUCGCCCCCGCCUCCCGGAGCCGGUCCCAACUCCGCCCGCCCGGCCCGGCUCACGUCACCCGCCUUCCCCGCCCCUCGAACGGAGCUCGAGCCCCCGGCCCGGCCCCGGCUCCUGCUCGCCGCCCCACCUUGCGGGGGCCGGGGUCGCCGCGGGUGGGGGGCGCGCUGUGCCCAGCAAGGGCGACAGAGCGGGCGGGGCCUCCUUCAGCUCCCUUCCCUAUCCCCGGUCGCGUCCCGGUCCCCACCUUGCGAAAGGCUCGAGAGAGGCCGCAGGCUCCGAUUGGACCGCCGGGCGCCGCCGGAUGGUGUUGCCAGGGUAACCGGAUGGCAUGUGAAGCCGUUGGAGGUUCCGACCCGGUUACGGGGGCGCCCAGUGGACCCGGAGAGCUACUUUGGGGAGGCGGCGGCCCCGAAGAAGGACUGGGUGGGGGCGCAUGGAGCGGGGGCUGCGCGAAAAGUUUCCUGGGGCGGAGCUGAGCCACGCGGGCCGCGCGGGAGCGUCUGUCCGAGGGUCCCCUACGAGGGACUCCUCUGCUCGGCUGCGCGGGCUUCUGCGUUGAUGAAGUCACCGCGUUCCGGGUCGGAGCUUCAGCGCUUCUGCCCCGAACCCAGCGAAGCCCGGUCCUAUGCCCCCGAUUACCCAACGGUCCCUCAUCGCCCAGCGCAGCUGCUGCCUGGCCAGGCCCUUGCUCCGGAGGAGUCACUGGAAAGUUCCAGGGAAUCUGGGCCUCCCAGACUCUCCACCGGCGUUUCACUGCUCCCUUCCCAUGCCAGGACUCCUCUGUGCCUAACUGGCUGAGGGCAGUGCAGAAUCCGGGCCUUGGAAAGGACACUGGUGCCACCCUUCACCGGGGAAAGGCGCAAGGGGCGGGAGAUACCAUGCCGAGCCUUCGCUCUGCGCUCUGUGCAGGCCUCCAGGAUCUUUGCCAACGGUCUUGAGGAGCCAGGCACAGGAUUCGACUCUGCCCAGGCAGGAGGAUGAAGACAGUGACUUCCCCACCAAGACUCCUGGGAGAGGGCCAGAGGCAGGGAGGUGUGGUGGCAGGAGCGCCAGCCUUGCCGUGGCUGGACCAGGGGCCAGCGCUUGCUAACUCGGGGUCCUGGCCGAGUUGUGUGGCCUCUCCGACCCUCGGUCUCCUCAUCUGUAAGAUGGGUGCCACAGCCCCUCCCCGGGCAGGUGUUUGCAGGGCUCCAUGAGAAGGCCUCACACACGGUGUGGCUGUGGUGAUCUGUGAGCCGGUCAGAGGACCAGAGAGGCAGCAGGGUGACUCAGCAGUUUCCCUGCCGGGCCGCCCCUGGGUCAUCGUCCCCUAGAGCCUCUCCCUGAGGGGUGUGAGGGAGCGGAUCCCAUUAAGAGGCGAAGGAGGCAGGGAGGUCCUGGAACCAGCGGGGCCCAUGGCGGCCGGCAGGGAAGGAGGCGCCCGCAGUGCUGCCACCUAGCGGGAUGAGGAGGCGGUGCUGCACUAGGGAGGCCCUUCCUGCAACGGGAGUGGGCCUGGAGGAGGCCGGCUUGGCAGACGAGGAGCCAGGAGGGCAGGGAGGGGCUCCGGACCGGACCGUGUCGGCUCCAGGAACCCCUUGUGCAGCCCUGUGGACGCCUGCUGACCUCUCUCAGAAUGGCUUCUAAGUGCAUAGAUGAAAAAGCCCAGGAUUAUUAGGAAACCAAUUCUAUGCAAAUGUAUUAUCAAAAGAGUAAUAAAAACAAAUUUCUGAUAU